AUGGAUACAGCUAAGUUGUUGAAGAGCACACGGUUUGCUAGGAUUUUAAAGUUGGAUGAUGAUACAGUGGUUAAGUCUAUUCAAAAGGAUUAUUCGAUAGCACCUCAUGAUCCGUAUCAAGAACUCUCGAUACUACAAAAAUUGAAUAGGCAAGAACCUAAUAAUGAUAAUAUAAUAAGAUUGAUCUCAUCAGAGAUUACUGAUGAGGAUAUUAAUUUGGUUUUCCCAUUUUAUAAGAUGAGUCUACAGGACUUUUUGCAGCAAAGUUGUCAAAAGACCAGUAACAAUCCAUACUAUUCAAUUGGUGAGGACACAAUUGUUAAAUAUCGUUAUAGAUUUGAUACAAAUAAAUACUGUUAUGAUUUUUUUAAUCAGUUAGUGGUUGGAUUGGAUUUCAUUCAUUCUCAGAAGAUCAUUCACAGGGAUAUGAAGCCUCAGAAUGUCAUGUUAGAUUUUAUUGAUGAGGAUAAAAUUAUACUAAAGAUUAUAGAUUUUGGCAUUGCUUAUGAUUUCAAAGAUAAUCAAAAGGAGGAUAAGGAUAAUUUAAUUACUGAUGUGUCUACUUCAAUAUAUAAAGCGCCUGAAUUACUCUUUGGAGUUAAAAAUUACUCCUACAGCGUUGAUAUCUGGUCAUUAUUUAUUAUGCUUACACAAUGGUUACAGAAGGACAGAUUAUCUUUUACAAAUAUUGAAUACAUACCAGCUAUAGUUGAUAAUGGAGCUAGCAAUGAUGAAGUACAUUUAGAUGCUGGAAGCGAUAUUAAAUUAAUCUUUUCGAUUUUUGAAAAAUUUGGAGUUCCAUCAAAGGAACAAUGGUCACAAGUGAUUGAAUUUGGAUCGUCAGAUGCUUUCAUAGGUAUGUUUAGCGGGUACGAUACUUCGACGUACUUUUAUAAUAAAACUAAAGAAGAACAGAAAUCGUUGCUAUUAGAAUGGCUACCAGGAUUAUUGACUAUUGAAAAUCCGCAACAUACGGAGAAACUGAUAGAAUGUUGUUUAGGUAUGGUCCAUUAUCAAUCUACUUUGAGAAUUUCAACGGAACAAUUAUUAAAAAUCUUGAACUAG